AUGUCUACUGCUUCCUGGAUCCCCGACGACCUCCUCGCAAAGUGGCUCCUCGUCGUCUCGACGCUCGCCAUCUUCAACUGCACCCAAAACUACCUCGACCACUCCUUCAGCCGAAAGGUUUACACAAAGGGCGGCGCACAGGUGACGCCCCUGUCGGCCCGCACCUUUGGCAUCUGGAACCUCGCCUCGGCCAUGAUCCGCCUCUACGCCGCCUACGACAUCCACAACAAGGCCGCCUACGACCUUUGCAUGGGCUCCUUUGUCAUCGCUCUCUUCCACUUCACCACCGAGGUCCUCGUCUUCAAGACGGCCAAGCUCUCGGCGGGCAUCAUCAGCCCCCUCAUCGUCGCCUCCUCGAGCCUGGUCACCAUGUGGAUCAAGUACGCCGACUACAUCCACUGA